AGAUUUUUUCUAAGCGUCACCACGCCACGCCGCCGUGUCAAGAGACGCAGGAAAAAAGGUGCCUCAGGUGAGAUAUUAUAAAAGUGAUAUAAAAUUUUGUGUUUUUAAGUGUUUGUAAUGGCAGUGAAUUGUGUAGAAGUGUGAUUGUGAAAUCUGAUUGUGUAGAAGUGUUGUGAAAGAAUCUGUAGUAAAUGUCUGGGGGUGCAUCUAUUCACCUUGAGACACCCAAUCGGUCAUCCCCACAUAAUUGUCCAUCCACUCACCACAAACACCUUCAGGCACGCAAGAUGAUCAUCCCCAGACAAAUAUCCCCUCACAAUUGUGCAUUUACUCGCCACAAACUCCUUCAGACACGGAAGAUGAUAAUCCCUUGUCGGGGGACAAGCAUAACCUCACAAUUGCGCAUCCAAUCACCAUAAAUACCUUCAGACACGCAAGAUGAUCGUCCCCAGAGAAACAUCCAGAGAAACAUGUGAUCAGUUUUGCUUGAUUGAUCGAGAAAUUCCGGAACUGGAUAUCUAAGUACGCGCGGACUCACGCAUUGUUGAAAAUGGCUGGACUACAAAUGUUAGUAGAUAUAAAAGAUUUGAUAUCGACUCUGAUUAAAAAGCAAGACGAAAGUGAUAAAAAAUUGGAUGAGGUGCAAAAAAUUGUUUUGGAGAUAGGUAAUAAGGUCUCCCAAUGCGCAACUAAGAUAAAAGAGUUGUCCGUGAAGCAGGCACGCUUGGAGGCAGCCACAAAGCUUAUUUAUGGGAAAAUUGCCGAUACGGCGUACAUUUUUCCCAUAAAUAGUUUGGAGGCUUUUUUCCAACUGGAAAAGGAAGUCGUGGAAGAUGGAACACGCCGGGCAGCAGUCGAAGCUGAAUUAAGGAAAAUUAUUCGCCAAAAUGAUGAAUUUUGGUUGGAAAAGGUGAUAGAGGUUGAGCUGCUAAAUGAGUUCACCGUGCAGAAAAUUAUAGGAAAACAUUCGCUCUUAGACUUCGCUGUGAUAAAAUAUUCAAUGAAAUGGUUAAAGUGCUCAAACUCAGCGCUGUCAAUCCUGUUGCGGAAACUGAAGGAUAGGAAUUACAAGAGGCAGAAACACGUAAAGAGGAAGGAACAGGAGGGCGAGGAAGUAGGGGAGGUGAUGGACAUGGCGAAGCAGUCUUCAGCAGUCGUCAACGAAGAAAUAACGGAGAUGUUAGUCGAAGAGGUGAACUAUGAAUACUAAUAAACUGCGUACCUUUAUCAUAAGAUCACUUUGUAGAGCUAAAAUUUUUUUUCUGUAUUCGUUUUAUUUAUAAUUUUUCUGCAAAACACUUUUAAUUGAAUUAUUUACAUGACCUUAUAGUAAUGGUACGCAUUUUAUGAUGAAUCUAAAAAUUACACAGCCAAUGAAGAAGCAUUUCUGACGUUUGGCUUCGGAGGCUGGGCACCAACACUAAGACGGCGGUAGACGCAGUAUUAUGUAUUUACAAUUAUUUUGAAUUAUUAUUAUGUACAAUUAAAUGGGAAAUAAAAUAAUUCAGUAAAAAAAAAUAAAA